ACUCGAGUUUGAAGAAAUCUGUCCAAUGCCUUUGGUAUAAAGAGCCGGCAAUAAUUGUCUUCAGAGGAUGAAAAUGCGGUGCAGUUCCCAUACAUUCUUCACUCUGCACUACACCGCCCUUGGCUUCCCCUACCCCAUCACUCCCACCUCUCUUUUCCGGCGUGAUUCCUGUUCAGAUUCAUUUCCAUUUCAAUCGCUCCAAACCCACAAUCCAAUGUUUCACAAACUAGCCAUUUCUCAGUCUCAGUCGCCUGCAGCUCCAUUGCCACUCAAUUGCAGGGCAACGGAAGCUGUCCUUGAAGAAGAUGAAGUUUCUUCGGUCGAACACUUCAUCGAUCCUCACGGUAUCGACCCUAAAUUGCUGCAGAACCUGUCCUACGAUGCCCUUGUCUGGAGUUCCCUCAAUGGCCUCCUCGUCGGUGACAGAAAUUCUCAGAGAUCGGGAGUUGUUCCUGGCGUGGGUUUAGUUCAAGCGCCAUUUGCAUUGUUACCUACUUCAUUUCCUGAAAGUCAUUGGAAACAAGCUUGUGAAGUUGCUCCUAUUUUUAAUGAGCUUGUUGAUCGCGUGAGUCAGGAUGGAGAAUUUCUACAGAAAUCACUCUCCAGAACAAAGAAAGUUGAUAAUUUUACAUCCAGACUCCUUGACAUACAUUCUAAAAUGUUAGAGAUGAAUAAGAAAGAGGAAAUACGCUUGGGAUUACAUCGUUCAGAUUAUAUGCUGGACGAACAAACAAAGCUACUUCUGCAAAUAGAACUCAAUACAAUCUCAUCAUCAUUUCCUGGACUGAGUUGUCUUGUCAGCGAGCUUCACAGGAGUUUACUUAAGCAUCAUCGGCAACAUCUUGCAUUAGACCCUGACAGAAUUCCCCAAAACAAUGCUCUGAUUCAGUUUUCUGAAGCACUAUUUAAAGCUUGGAACGAGUAUAACAAUCCCAGGGCUGUUGUUAUGUUUGUGGUUCAAGCUGAAGAGCGGAACAUGUAUGAUCAGCAUUGGAUAUCUUCAGUACUGAAAGAACGAUAUCCUUGACUAGUCGAUAGAGGCUACUCUUCAUGGAUGCUAUGUGUUUCUUUUGGAUGCAUUCCCUGAUUGUUUUCUGUUGUGUU